ACGAUGCUGCUGCGCGUGAUCGAGAACGACCGAUUCCGGAACAUUGAGAUUCACGAAGGCGACACGUUCUUGCUCCCGGGCAAUACACCUCACUCUCCGAUUCGAUUCGCCGACACCAUCGGAAUGGUGAUGGAGCGGACCAGGCCCGAGAAGAGCGUGGAUCGAUUGCAGUGGUACUGUUCGAAAGGCGAACACGAGCGGCCGACGAUGAUUCGAGAAGAGGUGUUCCACUGCACGGAUUUGGGUACACAGCUGAAGCCUCUGAUCGAGAAGUGGCAGCAGGACGAAUCGAGUCGGAAGUGUCCCGAGUGCGGCGAGAUUGAGGAUGCCCAGUUGGUGCUGCAGUAAGUAGGAAUGAUCUAUGGCAAAGGGCCAAAAGGAGGUCCACAGAUGUAUCGUCUGGCACGCACAUACCGUGCACUGGCUACAGGGUCCAGAGGUCCAGAGCCUCUUUUCGUGGUCUAUAGACAGCGCCAGAGCAAUCAGGGUGUCGCGGUCAUGAUAACAUGCCCAGUCGCGCCUCUCUGGGACUUUGCCGUCUUUUGAUGUCCAUAUCUACCUGCCACCUGGUAUAUUCACGAUAUCUCUUGCGCAUGCCCUCUAGUAAUCGACCCAGGAGUCGUUACCGCAGCUCGCCCCGAGGCUCGAGUGGGUGAUGCGUGUCUUCCAACAGCUCUGUCGAGCGCGUAGGCUCGUC